UAACCCUCGUCCUAUUCUGAAUCGUCAAUAUUACUGUUGUAAUUCACCGGAUGAGAGGAAGUAAGGGGAAACACGCUGAUGAAAUAGAUACAAUUGUGGCAAGAAAAGUCAGUGGAUAAAUCGUCCUGGAACGUUUGAAUGCGUAUUCGAAGCAUUACCUGUACUGUUGUCAUAACUAACAUAGCCUUACAACUCGCUUGCUUAGAUUUCCUGUAGAAUAGAUGUAUGGCAUAGAAUUGACUGAGAGAGCGAGAUAAAUGGUCCGCUUUGACAUCAUCGAGAUACGACUCAGCCAUUAGCCUACUAGUAGCUAUUAGUAGCCUUCUUCUGUGUGUCAUUAUUUUCCAAAGCAUGGCAUAGCAAAUCUUACAUCUCUAUUAUCCACCAUGCUUUCACGAUUGCAUAUCCUGACCCUAUUCUGUCAAAUAGAUAUAAUGAAACAGUUUCUGUCGUAGACGAACCGCACCUCUAAUAUUUCAACACUUAGCUGUUAGAUAGACUGUUUCCUAUCAAACUGCACGACGUAGGCUAACGAAUUAGGCCCAGAGUAGUCAGAUGUCACCUAAUACAACCGAGCCGAAAUCACCUGCCAUCUGAAAUAGCCUAGGCUACACCGGUUCCCUACCCGACAGUGGGACAGAUAGUUCAUGACUAUCCUUGCAGCAGCGCGGUGAAGUUAAGUACUAACCACAGUAGUUGUAAUCCGCCGCACCGGUCAUUAUGUCGAGUAAGGAAAUGUCAGUGACCCAGUCUGCUCAGUAUGUUGGGCCAUUCAGACUGGAGAAGACCCUGGGCAAAGGACAGACAGGUCUGGUUAAACUCGGAGUCCACUGCAUAACGGGACAGAAAGUUGCUAUUAAAAUAGUCAACCGAGAGAAGCUCUCUGAGUCGGUGUUAAUGAAGGUGGAGAGAGAGAUUGCCAUACUGAAACUGAUAGAGCAUCCACAUGUGUUGAAACUGCAUGAUGUUUAUGAGAAUAACAAAUAUUUAUAUCUGGUCCUGGAGCAUGUAUCGGGUGGGGAGCUAUUUGAUUAUUUGGUGAAGAAAGGGAGACUCACACCCAAAGAGGCCAGAAAGUUCUUCAGACAAAUAAUCUCCGCCCUGGACUUCUGCCACAGCCACUCUAUCUGUCACCGAGACCUGAAGCCAGAGAAUCUGUUGCUGGACGAGAAGAACAAUAUCAGGAUCGCUGACUUUGGUAUGGCCUCACUGCAGGUGGGGGAGAGUCUGCUGGAGACCAGCUGUGGCUCUCCACACUACGCCUGUCCAGAGGUUAUAAGGGGCGAGAAGUACGAUGGUCGCCGGGCGGACGUCUGGAGCUGUGGGGUCAUACUUUUCGCACUGCUGGUGGGCGCGCUACCCUUCGAUCAUGACAACUUGCGGCAGCUGCUGGAGAAGGUGAAGAGCGGGGUGUUCCACAUGCCUCAUUUCAUUCCGCCCGACUGCCAGGCUCUGCUGCGGGGCAUGAUCGAGGUCGACCCUGAGAAGAGGCUCACGGUGAGGAUCCUGUGCCCCAACAAACCUCAAUCUGCCAUCUGGGCACCAGGGGUGUGUUCCCUAAAAGCGUUGUUGAAUAACUACCAUUUUUAAAUGACGGAGAGAUCCUUUCUCUUUUUUUUACCAUGGUG